AGGGACAGCGACCUAGGCGAACAGACUGGCCAGAGGACCCGCCUCCCGGAGCCUAACGGCGCUGCGUGAUUGGCUAGAGCCUCAGGAUUGGGGGGAGGAGAGGGAGCCCCGAUGGCCGGAGGGGGGCGUGUCUGCGCCUGCGGUUCGGUGGUGGCGCGGCCGGGGCCGGCUGCUAGUUUUGACAGGGAUCACACACAGGCAGCUUCCUUAGCAGCAGCAGCAACAGCUGUAGCUGUGGCUAUAGCAGAGAUGGAAAUGCAAUCCUAUUACGCGAAGCUUUUGGGAGAGCUGAAUGAGCAACGCAAGAGGGACUUCUUCUGUGACUGUAGCAUCAUCGUGGAAGGAAGGAUCUUCAAAGCCCAUAGGAACAUUCUCUUUGCCAACAGCGGAUACUUCCGAGCUCUGCUGAUCCACUAUAUUCAGGACAGCGGGAGGCAUAGCACAGCCUCUUUGGACAUUGUUACUUCCGAAGCCUUCUCUACUAUCCUGGACUUCCUCUAUUCAGGGAAACUGGAUCUGUGUGGGGAGAAUGUGAUUGAAGUCAUGUCAGCCGCCAGCUACCUACAGAUGACAGACGUGGUAAACUUCUGCAAGACCUAUAUCCGCUCCUCACUUGACAUCUGCCGGAAGAUGGAGAAGGAAGCGGCAGCGGCAGUGGCUGCAGCCGCAGCGGCAGUAGCUGCUCACCAGGCUGAUGGAGGGAGUUCUGCAUCUGUCCGGGAGAUGACUGCUUGUGGUCCCAAAAGUCAGUGCCCCAUCUUGGUGCCCUUAGCAGAGGAAAGAGAAGAGGUUGGGGACUGCCCCCAAGAUACCCCUUGUGAGGAUUGUACCAGUUGUCACCCGCUGGAGCUAGUGGGGAAAGGCCCCCCAGGUAGUGAUUCUGUGGAUGACUUCCCUUCUCUGCCCAAAGGGACAGAACCCAAAGUAGAGUUUGACCCCGAUGAAGCAGAGGUUGAAAUUGACGUUGGUGACCGGUUGCAGCAGUAUUCAGCCCCACUGGCCCUGGAACCCAUGGAGGGAGGCCUGCCUGGGAGCCAGGCCUUGGACCUGGCCUGUAAUAAUUACCACAUGAAGCAGUUUUUGGAGGCCCUCUUGCGCAACAGUACAACCCAGAGCAAAGAGGAUGCUGCCCCCUUUUCUCGAGGUUUUGAGAGUAGACCAGAGGAUGCAGGAAUGGCAGUGAGCUCUGUGAUGGACAUCCCAAGUGACUGGUAUGGAGAAGAUGCAGGUGACGUGCUGGUGGUUCCCAUCAAACUCCACAAGUGCCCUUUCUGCCCAUACACAGCCAAGCAGAAGGGCAUCCUCAAACGGCACAUCCGCUCCCACACCGGUGAGAGACCCUACCCCUGCGACACCUGUGGCAAGAGGUUCACCCGACAAGAGCACCUGCGGAGCCAUGCCCUGAGUGUCCAUCGCUCCAAUAGACCAAUCAUUUGCAAAGGUUGCCGGAGAACCUUCACAAGCAGCCUAUCUCAGGGGCUGCGGCGUUUUGGUUUAUGUGACAGCUGCACAUGUAUCACAAAUCCACAGGAUGACCCGGUACCCAUCAACCUGAGCCAGAUGGAGGCAUCCUCUGAGGGUCAGGAGAAGGGUGACCAUGACAAUGACUGGCCAAUAUAUGUGGAGUCUGGGGAAGAAAAUGAUCCCACUGGGGAUGAUUCUGAUGACAAGCAACAACUGCAUCGAAGCCUUCUGGACCGAGAGGCACUGAUGUAGCAAUAAAUGGGGAGAAGGAGGAUUUUUAAUGCCCCCUUCAUGACUGGUCAUUCUAUGGUUCAAAACCAUCUAUGGACUCAGUUUUAUGGAACCCUGAGAGGAUUUAAAAAACAAACAAACAAUAACUACAUUUACAUUUUUGAUAGAACACAGGCAGGCUUUUGUGAUUCUGAAAUGGUUUUUUUUUUUUCUUUUUCACUUUUCAGUGCUGUGAACUCUAAUUUUGAGGUAUUUCUAUCAGCCAAAUCCUCAUUCUGGUCAAGCUGCAGCUGUGUUUUUCAGCUCCCUUUUUCUUGCUGUGGUGUGUUCGAAUCCUGACUAGGAGAGAAGGUGAUUCUCUUAGUAGGUAGGAAAAAGCUUCCUUUUUUUUUUCUUUUUUUCUCUCCCCAGGGAGCUACCAGAGCCUCUGACCCUCCCUCUCCUCCAUACACAUGUGAACACACAUAUACUGCCCCUCGUCCCCAGUUUGAUUCUGCAACUACUACACUUUUUCUGAGAAAAGAUGGCUAAGAAGACAUUUUGCUUUGAGCCUCAUUUGGCGUUUAGCCAAACUGUUCAGCUGUAACCUCUCUUUGGCUGGUGCCUCCAUCAAAUAGAGGUGCUUUCAAUUCAGAUACUAUGAAUUCUAAAUGAUAUUUUGGAGUGAGGGUUUAAAUGAGCAGUUAAUUCUGGAAACCAGUAAAACACUCGAAUGUAAAAUAAGAUAUGUAUCCAUAGGUGAUGGACAGGGAAGCUAUGUGACAUCCAAGUCUCUUUACAACUCUGAGAUUCUAGGAUUUUAAGAUUUCAAGAUCCGAAGGGUCUAAGAUCCCAGCAUUCCAUGGCUUUGUGGCUCCAGGAUUCCAUUUUUCCAAGGUUGCAGAGGAAUCAAAAAUUCUCAAACUCAGAUUCUGUGAGAUGUUUAUUAGGUAGGUAAGCAUGGAAAACACAUUAUGAACACGGAAAACACUGAGUGCAAUUUUUAAUAAUAAAUCAAAGGGCUCUACUGCUCUCUCUCUCUCUAAGGACAAAUUAUAAAGUCAGCCCUAUGGCGAGAGCCUGGGAGGCCCUGCAGUAGUUCACAGAAUGUUAAACCUGAAUGGGAUCUUAAAGAUCAUCUAUUCCAAACCCCUCAUUUUACAGAUGAAGAAACUGAGGGCUUAAAAGGCCAAGGGAUUUGCCCCAAAUCACACAACUGAUCAGUGAUAGAAUUCUUCCAGCCUUUGAUAUUUAGUGGCACCAUGCACAUGGUGCAUGUUUUGUAAUACCAAAACACAUCAUAUCAUAGAUUUAGAUUCCAUUUUAUAGAUCAACAAACUUGAGUCCCAGAGAAUGUUACCCAAGGUUACACAGAGCAGGGGUUCCAACCCAAAUGCUCUGACUCCAAACCUAGCAAUCUUCCCUUUGUACUGUGCCAUUCAGGCCAUUGUCACAAGAGCCAAGAUACUAAUCUGAUUUCCCUUUCCACUUCCUACUUCAAAGACCUAUUGUUAGGUAAGCUUAGAAAUAUAGCUGCCACAGAAAUUUAAGUCCAGAAUGUUAGAACAAAAGUAUAAACCUUUUUUUUUUGGCGGGGCAAAGAGGGUUAAGUGAUUUGCCCAGGGUCACACAGCUGGUAAGUGUCAAAUGUCUGAGGAAGGAUUUGAACUCAGGUCCUCCUGAAUUCAGGGCCAGUGCUUUAUCCACUGCGCCACCUAGCUGCCCCCAAAAGUGUAAACUUUCAAAAAGAAAGUUUCAGUGCCCUGUCCCUGUCAUCUUUUCAAAGGUUUCACAAGGGAGAUAGGGAAGUGCCCAGGGAGAAAAGAAAUACUUCUGAGAUCCACUAUACUCUUCCAUCCUCUUUGGAAUCUUCUUGGUUACUUUGGUGAAUGUGGCUGUUUAAAGGAUUAAGGAAAUCUUGGGUAAUAAGGCCAUCAGUUGUAAUUGGGCCCACUGGUUAAAUUGACAUUGUGGCCUCUUUCUCCGUCUUCUCUGGAGGUACAAAUGCAUUCUCCUGAAGGUAGUAUAGUCAUUUUGUUCUCUGCUUCCUGAGUGCAAAAGCAACUAUAUUCCUUAUGGAAUUAUCUAGGAGCCUAGAAAUGAUUUAUUGGUAAAUUACUUUGAACUAGCAAGUCACUGUAAAGAGGUUAGUAUGGUGUGGGCUUAAAUAACUAGACAAAGAAAGAGCUAGAGUCAUGGCUGUUGGAAGAAAGGAUUGGACUGACAUUUGCUAUUAAAAAAUGAGCCGAUACUAGAAACAUUUUCCUUAAAUGUUUCCUUAAAUGUGUGUGUGUAUAUAUAGAUAUACAUAUACACACACAUAUAUAAUAUAAAAUCCCAGAGACUCUUCCCUGUUUUAAAGAAGAGAUCUUAGACAGAAAGAAGAUCUUAGGCAGGUCUAAGACAGAAACCCUAAACUGGUGGUGGUGAAGGGAUAUAGAUAGCAGUUUUCAAUGAUAAAACUCUUUAAAUAUUUGAGACUUUUCUACCUCACAGUCCCGUUUUUGUACCUAUAUUGGCCUGUAAUAAGUUCACAGGCCUAUUUGGGAUUUUAUAACCUGUCUGUAUUCCUAAGCAUAAAGACAUGAAUGCCCGCUGGGGACUUCUCUGUAAGAUCCAGUAGGAUUGGGAAUAUGUCCUAGAAAUGGAAGAAUGUUGAUAUUUCAUCCUUUUCAUAUCCUGAAUUCUGCCUUCAGAAUCAGAAUGCUUCACAGACCCUCCCCAAUUCUGCCCCUCGAAAGCCUUAGGAAGUGGCUGGCUCCCCGACCCUUUUUGUUUUUUAUGAAGGUACAAAUGGAAGGUAACUAGCCAAAGGCAAUAGUUUAUUUCAGGUGAAGAAGUAGAAUUGAAGAAAUCCUGGUUUUGGGGUGUCUCAUCAGACUGGUAAACGGAUCAUUACUGAAUUGGAAACUAGCAGAAUGGCUAGGAGAAACCGCGAUGUGAAAUUUCAUCCUUGAAAGAUUUCUCCAGGUAGACGUCCUUUCCAUAAUAAUGUUUCAGCCUGUUAUGGCCAUGGAUGGCCCAUUAUUUCUCUUUCAUCUCAGUUCUGGAGAGCAGUAUUUUCACUAAAAGCAUUGGCAUUUGUAAUUAUACUCAGCUCACUGGGUUCUGUCAUCUUGCUGGAGGUGUGUUUUUUAUCUACACUAUUAGAACGUAAGCUAAAUGUCUAUUUAUUUUAAAUUACUGUCCACAUGAUAGUAGGAGAUAUUUCUGAGUAUUUGUUAUUGCCUUUAAACUGUCACUCAAUGGAACUGGUAAUGUUUUUAAAAGCAGCUAAUUCACAACUGUGCCAGCACAGGCCAGUAGUAAUUGAGAUUUUGUGUCCCACAGGGAAGUCUUGAUGAUCCCUUUUCCUUCUGUACAUUCAGUCCAAGUUCACAAUGAAACUUAAAAAAAAAAAAAGUAAUUGUAGAAAUGAUGAGCAGAAGAGAAGAAAGAGGAUUUGUGUGUAUAAUGGAAUUUGAAAUGGGGUCCAUGGAUAGUGGGAACUCUUGGGGAGAGGCCUUC